AUGAAUUCUGAUGAACCAAAAAAACCGCGUAUGAAAAAUGUUCGCAUACAAACUAUGGAAACGGCUAUUCCAUUGGAUGAUGAAGUGAGAAAAUAUCAACGACCAUCACCUGCCAAUAAAAAUGUUCGUACACGAACUAAAUUAAUGUUCGAUGGAUUUAAUAAUGAAAUAAUAUCCCAUGAUCGACAUCAACGAAAGGUACCACUUCAAAUUCUCAAUGAUUCAUCAGCCAUGCCCAGCAGGACAUAUAAAACAUUUGACGAUCAAAGCGAAUUUAUGGAAAAUGAAAUUAUCGCAACAUCAACUCCACCCAUGAAUGGCGAUCAGCAAAUUGAGACAACUGUUAAUAUUGCAAAUGAAAAUGAAUUACCAUCAGAUCCUAUUAUUGAAUAUGCGAACGAACUAAUCUUACCACUUGCUGAAGCAUGUGCUCCUCUUAAUGAUAUUCUACAUAAUCUAUCAUUCUAUGUUGAUUUAGCUUUAAAUGAAACACCUCCACAACCACCUAAUAAUCUUACUAUCGAUGAAAGUGCUGCUAUUCGUUUAUACACUAUUGAAUGGGAUGCUCCACAUCGAAGUCUUUAUUCUAUGCUUAAUUAUACUCUUAAAAAUUUAAAUCGUGAAGAACUUCGACCUUAUUUCAAAUAUAUGAAAUUAUUCAUUACUGCUCUUGUUAAAUUGCCAUGUGUUCCACAAUGUACUAUUUGGCGAGGUGUAACAAAAGAUUUGAGUAAAGAAUUUCCGCCAGGUACACCAGUAACAUGGUGGGCAUUUUCAUCAUGUACGACUGAAUUAACUGUAUUAGAAAAUAACAUGUAUUUGGGUAAUAGUGGAUCUCGAACAUUAUUUUCUGUCGAAGCUAUUAAUGGUCGAACAGUUCGGGAACAUUCACAUUUUGUUACUGAAGAUGAACUUCUUCUCUUACCUGGUACACACAUGAUAGUUCAAUCACAAUUUAGUCCAGCACCUCAAAUGUAUAUUAUUCAUAUGAAACAAGUUAUUCCACAAGAUACUCUUCUUCAACCACCAUUUGAGGCAGUAGUAGGCGCUAUUGUUGGCGUUAUUUUAGCUAUAAGAGCUAAAGCUAACGUUAAUGAAGUACAACGGUGUAAAACACCUUAUCUAGGUAGUAGACAAUGGUAUUCUACUGGUCUUAAUCCUGUCGGUGCAACAUUAAACGAUUUUAAUAAUGAUACAUUCUUAGACGUUUUCGUGGUCAAUCAGCAAGAUAAUGAUGUAACUAUGAUGUUUGGCCGUGGGAAAGGAAGAUUUCGAUCUCAAACUACAAUUGCAACAGGUUAUCGCCCGAACCAAAUAGUAUUUUCUGAUUUAAACAACGAUAAAAAAAGUGAUGUACUGGUAGUCUGUGAAUCUGAUAAUACAGUGAAUGUAAUGCUUAGUAAUGGUGACGGAUCAUUUCAAACACAAAAAGCUUAUUUCGUUGGAUCAUAUCCAGUAGAUGUAACAGUGAACGAUUUCAAUGGUGAUAAUAUACAGGAUUUGGCAGUAAUCAACCAAAUUGGUGAUACUGUGAGCAUAUUGCUCGGUUCGGGAUAUGGAAUUUUUUCUAGUUCAACUACAUUACAGGUUGGAUCUACGCCACAGGCUAUUGUAUCAAGUGAUUUGAACAAUGAUAAUGUAGUAGAUUUAGUAGUAAUCAAUUAUAAUGCCAAUUUCAUCAGUAUACUACUUGGCUUUGGCAAUGGAUCGUUUGACUCACAGGUAAAAUACGAUACUGACAUUGGUCUAUCAGAUGUGGUAGUUUACGAUGUUAAUAAUGAUAACAACAUGGAUUUGAUAGCAGUAAACUACAUCUUUGGUGAGAUGAUGGUGUAUUAUGGAUUUGGAAAUGGUUCAAUUGUAUUAAUAAAUUCUUUUGAUAUUAGUUCUACACCAUAUGCAAUUACGUCGAGUGAUUUCAAUAAUGACAAUCAUACUGAUUUAGCGAUAUCUGAUAUUGGCAAUAAUAUUGUCAAUAUACUCUUUGGUAAAGACAAUGGCACAUUUACAAACGCAGCUAAAUAUAAUGUUGGUGGUGGUCCAAUUUUCAUCACAUUAAGUGAUUUCAAUAAUGAUGGCUAUGAAGAUUUAGUUACUACAAAUAGUAGAGAUGAUACUAUUAGUAUAUUGAUUGGUAAUAAAAACGGUACUUUUCAGGUGCAAGUCACUUAUAAUGUCGGAACACGACCGAUAGGUGUUGCAUCAGGUCAAUGUGAUUCUGAUGAUAUAAAUGAUAUUAUUGUUAUUAAUAAUGGUGAUAAUACAAUUAGUAUACUCUUUGGUGCUUCAGAUGGGACAUUUCCUUCGUCGCCAAGAUAUAUAGUAGGAUCUCAACCAACAUUUAUCAUAUCAAAUGAUUUUAAUAAUGAUACGAUAUUAGAUGUUGCAGUGACAAGUAACGAUAAAAGUAUUGUUAGUAUUUUACUUGGUCUUGGUAAUGGUACAUUUCCGAAAUUAACAACUUGUUCAACCGAUCCAUCUCCUCAAUUUAUUAUCACAGAUGAUUUUAAUAACGAUACAAUAUUAGAUUUAGCUGUGACUACAUAUGAUGAUAAUAUCAAUGUCUUUCUAGGAAAUGAAAAUGGAGCUUUUGGACAAAAAGUAGCAUAUAGUGCUUGUUCAUAUCCUUCUUCAUUACUCUCUGGUGAUUUUAAUAAUGAUGGUAUAAAAGAUAUAGUUGUAGCUUGUCCAUAUGACGAUGCGGUUUAUAUUUUUUUUAAUAAUAAUAGUGAUUUUUCUGGUGAACCAAUUAGUUAUUAUGCUAACUCGAAACCAUGUUCAAUAACAUCAAAUGAUUUUAAUAAUGAUAGCUAUUUGGAUAUUGCAGUUACUAAUUGUAAUACAAAUACUAUUAGCAUAUUACUUAAUUACGGAAAUAAAACAUUUUCGGAUUUAAAAAUAUUUUUUGUUGGUCAGGGGCCAAUAUCAAUAACAUCAAAUUAUUUUAAUAACGAUAAUAACUUAGAUUUAGUUGUUACAAAUAGUCUUAAUAAUACAAUUAGCGUUCUUUUCGGUAAUAAUAAUGGAACAUUUCAAGAUCAAAUUAUUUAUCCAACAGGUGAAUUACCAUAUUUUGUUUUAUCAAAUGAUUUGAAUAAUGAUAAGCAUCAAGAUAUUGUUGUUGUUAAUAAUGGAGAUAAUACCAUUAAUAUAUUUUUAAGUGAUACAAACAAUUCAUUCAAAUCUAAAGUUUCAUACAUGGUUGGAAAUAGUCCACAAUCACUUACAAUUAAUGACUUUAAUUAUGAUAAAAAACUUGAUUUGGUUGUUACUAAUUAUAUUGACAGUACAAUUACUCUUUUGGUUGGUUUAGGAAAUGGAAUUUUCGAGAGUUAUUCACAAUAUUCAACUAGUAUUGCUCCUACUUCUAUCAUAUCCAAUUAUUUUAAUAAUGAUGAUAAACUCGAUUUAGCAAUCGUUAGUGCGAAUACUAGUACUAUUAAUUUAAUCUAUGGUGACAUAAAUAAAAUCUUUAUAGGACAACAAAUCUAUAAAACUGGCCUUAAACCUGAUUUUGUUCUAUCCAAUUAUUUCAAUAACGAUAACAUUCUUGAUCUUGCUAUAGCUAAUACGGCCAGUAAUAGUAUAAGUAUUUUAUUAGGUAGAGGAAAUGGAUAUUUUAAUCAUUAUUAUGAUUUUUCCGUUGGGUAUCAACCGUCUGCAUUAGUAUCAAAUGAUUUUAAUCGAGAUAAUCUAUUCGAUAUUAUUACAGUUAAUAGAAAUAAUAAUUCAAUUACUGUUUGGCUAGGUUACGGAAAUGCAACAUUUAUAUCAAAACAAACAUAUAAAGUUGGACAAUAUCCGGUAUAUAUAACAGCAAAUUAUUUCAAUAAGGAUAAUUAUUUAGAUUUAGCUGUUAUUAAUCAAAAUGAUAAUACGAUUACGCUUUUAUUUGGUAAAGGAGAUGGAACAUUUUUUACUUCAGCAAAUUAUACCGUUGAUAAUGGUCCGUCUUCUAUUAUAUCAUAUGAUUUAAAUAAUGAUACAUAUGUCGAUUUAGCAGUAACAAACUACGUUGAAAAUACUGUAAACAUUUACCUUGGUAAUGGCGAUGGAACUUUUGAAGAAAUUAAAAGUCUUUCAACUGGUGUUGAUCCCAGUUUCAUAUUGGCAGGUGAUCUUGAUGGCGAUGAACGUUUAGAUUUAGUUAUUACAGAUGCACUUGCUAGUACUAUAUCUAUUUUCUUAAAUACAUGUAAAAUUUAA